CCCUUCUCCAACUCCUUCCUUCAGCAAACUCUAGCCUCCACCAAAGAAAGCAAACCCUAGCCUCCACCAAUAGUUGUCGCCGUCUGUUGGAUGAGAGACUGCUGCCCCCGUCCAUCGCACUCAAGAACUUCCGUCUUCGUGCUCUCGGGCCUCUUGCCGGAUCCUCCACGUCGGGUGCUCGCAUCUCGCCGUUCUCCUCUGUGCUCGGCUGCUCGCGCCUCCCUCCGCCAGUGAGUGCUCGAGCUGUGCGUGUUGGUUGCUGCUCGUCGUCCGUGGUUGUCUCUGCUCGAUUCUGCCUCCCAGUCUCACUCGAGUCUCGUCUCAGUCACUGGCAUCUCGUGGUUCGUCUGUCUCGUCGCCGGCGGCAGAAGCAACUCGUGGGGUUGUCUCUUGCUUCGUCGCCUUCCGUGGGGUGGUCGCCGACUCGCCGUCGACCGUUGAGACAUUUAUAGUUUUAUACAGACAAGUGGUUCUGAUUUUGGAAUCAACUAUGGACAAAUAGCCAACAAUCUUCCCUCUCCAUCACGCGUUGCUGUCUAAAACGGUUUUUCUGGUUGAACCACCGAUUGGACUGGUUGGACCAGUAAACCAGUGAACCAGUGAUUAAAACGGUUUGAUGACCGGUUCGGUUUUCAGAACCUUGGUUGGCACACUAAUGAAGGCUUGGGUGUUUGGUGUAAUAAAUUUUUGGCCAUGUUAGAGAGUAGUGAAGAGGAAACCAUGAUAUUCACCAACGAACAGAGACAACAAGAGCGAAUUGGAAAAUAUGGAAGUCCUAGAUUUCAAUACCUUCAGGACCUGGUGACUCAGUUUCAGAACACAACUGAUGAAGAAACAAAAGAGAGGAUUUUGGCAAAUUUGGCCAACUUCGCAUAUGAUCCUUACAAUUAUAACUUUUUGCGCCAACUUAAUGUUUUGGAACUCUUCCUGGACUGCAUGACUGAACCCAAUGAAAAACUUGUAGAGUUUGGUGUUGGAGGCAUUUGCAAUGGUUGUGCUGAUCAGGCAAAUGUUGCAAUUGUAAGUAAGUUUGGUGGCAUACCUCUUAUCAUUCAAUGUCUAUCAAGCCCAGUCAGGAACACUGUAAAUUAUGCACUUGGAGCACUUUAUUAUAUCUGUAAUGAAUUUAACAAGGAAGAAAUUUUAAAGCUAGAAGUUGUUGAUACCAUCAAGAGUUACAUUAGGAGAAGUUCGAACCUGAGACCUCUAUAUAGAGAGGGAGGACAAAUGCCAUUUAAGCUACCGUUCACUGGCUAUUUACUUGAUUGUGAGAGUUGAGAUUUUGAAAGGAAAGGAAAAGAAGGGAAUGCCUUGAUGAGUAAAUUGGAACAAAUUUUAUUCUUCAAGCCGUUUCCUUUCAUCUUUUUCUGCCUAAGACCUCAAUUCACAUGCUUGUGGAUGUAUAAUGGGAUGGAAAUUCUUACAUAUGAAUUCUGUAAUUUUAUGUAGUUAGACUUAUCUAUGAAAAAUUAUUACCCCCAUUUUUAACUACCCUGAAGCCAACCAAACCAAGAAAAAAUUUCAGGGCGCUCUCAUUAUGUUCUUUUGUAAAUUAAGAAUUAUUCCCAUUGCGUCUAAUAUCCUUUUCACCAGUAAAUGCAUUGUCAUAAUUCCAAAGUCAUUUCCAUAUAAAUAAAGGGUGGGGUUGUUGAAGGAUAACUAUUGUAAUGUACUGUUUGGCAUUUCGCCCAUUUCUAUUUGCUGGCAUAUUGGAUUAACAAGGAUGAAGUAUAUUUGUUGUAGGUCUAGC